AUGGUUGUGAUUAGAUCGUCCUCCAGCACCCUGGCUCGUCCUUGCGUCAGUGGCUGUUUCCUCCCCAAACAAGAGACUGCGUUUAUCCAUACAGUCCUUGAGGAGCUGGACGUAUUUCAACAGAGAAAUGAGCCGAAAAGCGUUCUACUCUUCCCGCCUAUCCCGAGCCGACUUCGCUUCCUGAUUCACCAAACCACUGGCAAUCUCCCCGACCUCAGCACCUUCUCUGUGGGUGAGGGCUGCGCCCGCAGAGUCGUAGUGUGCUAUUCCGAGCUCAGAUUGCCAGAAGAGGAUCAUAGAUAUACGAAGAGCAGUUUCCAUGAACGAGCACGCGGUCGGGGUGGGGAAAUGGAGGACGAAUGCAACAGAAGAAGAGCCAGACGGCCAGAAAAGGCUGUUUAUGUUCCACUCGCUAGGAGACAUAAGGUGAAUCUGGAGGAAUCAUCUGAGGAUUCUAGCUCUGACGUUGCUAAGGAAGCUCUUGCACCCAAUCAGGAGACAGAGGUGGUGGACAGCACUGACCAAUCACUGGCCGAUCAGAAGUUUGUGCAGCUUUCAAGGUCCGGGCCUUCCCCGUGGCCUCCAGCCUGGGACCAGACUGUGUCUUUCUUCACAUCUUUAACAUUAGAUGACCAAGCAGAUGAAUAUUGUGCCAACAACACGGGCCUUCCCGCUGAUGCGACCCUCCAACUACAGCACUUUGAUGAAAGUUUACUCUCUGAGAUCAAAGCCAAACUCAAAUGCGAGGACAUCACCGUACUGAACACCUGCAAUGAUUUCCCCGCCUAUGCAAACAUCUGGCUUGACCCUGAGGAGUUCGGCCACGUCAUUGAGAUCUACAACUUCCCUGCCUUGUUUAAAACAGACGACCUUCUUGAUGCCUUUGCUGAUUAUAGUGAAGGAGGGAUGAAGAUCAAGUGGGUGGAUAACACUCAUGCUCUCGGUAUAUUUUCAAGUCAGUCCGCAGCCACACAGGCACUCUCUCUUAAGCAUCCGAUACUGAAAACCCGCGUGCUACAAGAGGGGAGUCAAAAAGCGAAGUGGAAAGCAGCCAGACGAGCAGAGUUCAUUCAGCCGGUGAAGGAAAGGCCCCGCACGGACACAGAGGUGGCUCGCAGGAUGGUGACCAGAGCGCUGGGGUUGAGCAGUGGCUUGAAGAAAUGACCCCAACUGAAGAAAUCUACCCCAGUUCCUGUCUUGUUUUUAUUCAUUCAAAUGACUAAUGUUCUAGACAU